AUGUUCAGUUUCUCGGCUGGGUUCCCAGACUUCACAGCUGGACGGACCUUCCAGGCGACUUACAAAUGUUUCAGUGUCACCAUGCUUGGGGACAGGGAGGAUGUGGAGAGAGGUGGAAAAAUCAUCAUGCCACCGUCAGCUUUGGAUCAACUCACUCGACUGAACAUUCAGUACCCUAUGUUGUUUAAGCUGACAAACAAAAAGUCCAACAGGGAAACACAUUGUGGUGUGUUGGAAUUUGUUGCUGACGAGGGCCGCAUCUUCAUUCCUUACUGGAUGAUGAGAAACCUGUGUGUAGAUGAGGGAGACUUUAUCCAGAUAGACAACGUCUCCCUGCCGGUCGCCACGUAUGCCAAGUUCCAGCCUCAGUCUGUAGACUUCCUGGAUAUCACCAAUCCUAAGGCUGUACUUGAGAAUGCCUUGAGAAACUUUGCCUGUCUGACCCAGGGCGAUGUUGUGGCCAUCAAAUACAAUGAUAAAGAAUAUGAAUUGUGUGUUCUGGAGAGCAAGCCAGGGAAAGCUGUCUCUAUCAUUGAAUGUGAUAUGAGGGUUGAUUUUGCACCCCCUGUGGGAUACAAGGAGCCAGGAAGGAUUACAAAACCCGCAGAACAAAUGGAGAGUGCUAACACAGAAACAGACGAACCAGAUGAUGAGCUGAUUUUCAGGCCAUUUGCAGGAGAGGGAAACCGGUUAGAUGGCAAAAGGAGAAGUGCAGAAUCUUCUUCCAGUGCAGUCAUCAACACAGAGCCUGCCAGAAGGGGCAUCCCAAAUUAUAACUUCAAGCGUGGAACCAUCACAUUCAUCCGCAACGUCCGCCCCGUUACCAACGGAAACACAGAGGAAGAGGAAGCCAAGCACUUUGAAGCCUUCUCCGGACAGGGCCAGACUUUGAAGUCUAAAAACCGAAAGUGA